AUGUUUGAAGAUGACAAGACUACAGUUGGUGCUAUUCCGAUUUCUACUGCCUUCAAUCUUCUGCAGAAACCUUCUUCCUCAAAAAAGCAUUUUGAUUUUGGUCUAUCUUCGUCCUCUGAGGUAUUUAAAGAAGAAGAAAAUCUUGAAGGAAACAAGCACUACUCUCCUCCUCCUAAUGGUACCUUGAAAGGUGAUCAAGGUGACAAAGCACAAGAUACUCUAGGUGAUGAUUCUAAGCCUACCGAGCCAAAUAAUGAUGACAAUGAAGAUGAUAAGAAAUAUGAAAGUUCCACCUCAGACACAAGAUCCUCCGAUGUGAACUUUGCAGAUCCUUUUUCCUGUUGGAACUCCAACACAGAGUUGCCUCGGCCAACUCCAAAGUCGAUAAAAUCGAUCAGAAAGUAG